UUUGGCCUUUUCCAGCAUGUUAGUCAGCGGUUGUAGACGGUUUGAGAGAGUGUCUGGGAUUAAGUCGUUGCUCUAGCUUUUAGAUGCAACUAGUAAUCUCGCAGACCUUGAGUAUUUAAAAUUAUAGGUGCUAGUCUGUAGCUUCGUUGUGUAUUUUUAGGGCUAUCGCUUUUUUUUUCCACUUAAUAGCAAUAAAAUUAUUUUUUUUCUGUAAGGGUAAAAAUGGCGGACACUACCAGUGGUGCAGAUAAGAGUCUGGACGACUUCUUCGCCAAAAGAGACAAAAAGAAAAAGAAAGAAAAAACGAAAGGCAAAGAGCAAGCAAUAGUACCCGGACCAACUGUCUUAAAGAAAGGAAAAAAGGAGAAGGAGAAGUCCACGAAAAACGACAGCCAGGACACCCAGCUGGAAAAGGAAGAUGAAGAAUGGAAGGAAUUUGAACAGAAGGAGGUGGACUAUACUGGUCUAAGGGUGCAAGCGCUCCUAUUAAGCGAUGAAAAGGAAGAAGAGGAGUAUGACAAAAAAGAGGAAAUUGGCGAAGAUGGUGAAAUGGUAAUGGUUAGUGGAGGAGACAAAACAUCCGGUCCUUGGAAUAAAUCUGCUCCACCACCCACUGUAUCUGUACCUGUUGAAGUGGAAGUACCAGAGGCAAAGCCUUCAGGUGUUUAUAGACCACCUGGAGCAAGACUUGGCCCUACAAAACGUGGACCGACACAAGGACCACCUGAGAUCUUCAGUGAUACUCAGUUCCCAUCUUUGCAAGCCACCGCGAAGCACGUAGAAACCAAAAAGGAUCGGGAAAUGGAGAAGACGUUUGAGGUUGUCAAACACAAAACCAGACCUAGGGAGGAAGGUGUUGGCAAAGGUGCUCCUCAUCAGCUACAGCUUGACAACCAGUAUGCUAUUCUUGGUGACAAAUAGUGUGCUGACCUGUUCUGUGAUGCUGGCACCCAUCUGGUCACGGGUGGUAACAACUACAGCUAUGGAUUGCAUGUGUCUUUGCUGAAUGGGCCAAAAGUGAAAAGACUCGGCUGGCAAAGACUCGGAACAACCAUAAGGGCCAUCAUGACAGUGAUGACUUUUAGUGCUUGAAAAGCAUUUUUUUAUUAUUAUUCAGUAAAAGAGGUGGUCAGCAAUGUGUUUUAAACUUGCCACUCAAACACCAAGCCAACUUGUAUCAAGAGUUUUACAGACUACUUUUUGUAGAAUUUCAAAUCAUUCAGUUAAAAAUAUUUUUGCAAAUAGAAGCAUUUGCGGAGCCUUCUAAGUGGGCAACUACCUCAGGUGUACAUUGUGCACUAUUGGAUAUGACUCUGACCACGUCUUGGUUGUAACCUUGAGGUUGGAAUUGCUUUAUACAGAAGGUUUGGAUGUGCUGCUCAAAGCUUAAAGAUGUUCAUGCUGUGGGAAGAGUUGAGAAAAACUCCGCCAUUGCAGAUUAUCAUCUAUUUACGGGGAAAAAAAUUCAAGUGGCCUUAAAAGUUAUCCGCUUUGUCCUUCUUAGUUUUUUUUUUUGUUUUGUUUUUUUUUUGUUUUUUUAGGCUGCAUCUGACUGCUUGGAGCUAAACCACUUCGAUUUUUUUUUCAUAGUAGCAGAAAUUUGCAUCCUUUCUUUGUAUAAAGUACUGCAGAGCUGUAGUUUGCUUACUUGAACGUAAAUGUUACUUUUUCACCCACUUUGAUAAUCCUGUCCCCAGGCUUCGUUCCAUGUUGAACAUCACAAGUGCCUAUUGGAGCCAUGUGUUGCAUAAUCAUAAUUCUAGUUCUGGAUAAGAGUAAAAAGUAACAAGGAGAGGAGGAUUAAUGCCACUUGUUUAUCCUGUUUGCUUCCUUUGUUUAAUUUCAAACUGUGAAAGUGAAAGCUGAAUCACUGCAUCCUUGUGAGCGCCACCUGAUUAUCGUGAGAUUAGUAGUAAGGACCCUCCAAACAUCCGCACACGGACUUGUGCUCGAUCCCGCUCAUAGCUGGCUUAUGUGACAUGCUUCCAUAGUAGAGUCUCAGACAGUACCAGACGCCGAGCACAUCCUCACUCUUACUUUCUUUUUAGUUAGUUAAUGUGUGAGCUGUAAGACUAAACUGAUGAUAUAACGGAUUUUAAAACAUGUUUAAAUCCCCCACUUAUUGUGAUUGAGACGCCAUUUCUGAUUGAAUGGAGCUUACACAGUUGGAAGGUAUAACAGGGUAUUGGUCAGUGGAGUGGGAGGGAAAGGGGCUUUAGUUUUCAGAACUUUAAAUGUUUUCAUAGCAAGCUAAAUCUCUGCAAAGUGCUCUCUUUGCCCACCUUCACCCCCAAAACACACACACCACAAAAAAACUGUUCCUCUUAUUCUCUGUGCUUUGUGGCCAACACACAAGUAAGUGAAGGCGAGGGAAAUCAUGGAAGUGACGCUACACUGUUAAGUUGUUUAUAUGAAUAUUUUGUUUGGAGGUGGCGUUAGUGUUAACAUUGCCUCUCUUUUAAAACUUUCAGUCCAGUAGUAAGUAUUGGAUAAGGCUUUAUACUGCUGUCACCUGUGAAUUGCCAUUUUCUUUUGUACCUGCAGUUGGAAUUUGGAGAUUAAAGCAUGAAAUGAUGCCCAGAGGUACACAUUCUAGGAUGGGUUCCAUUUGUCGAGUAACACAACUGAUCAUUCUUCAGAUUUUACCGGGGUAUGUGCUAUGGCAGUGUCAGAACAGCUGUAUGACUGAAGAAAUAAAUAAAUUUGCAAUAUGUCUGGAA